AUGGGAACCUUCAUAGGCCAUGCAUUGCCCGGGACCUUCCUCUUCUUUUUCGGAACAUGGUGGACUUUUGCGGCCUGGCGCAACUACGUCCGCAGCAGGGAGAACAAACAACCCUACGAGUGCCGUUGCUCGUACCCGGUGCCCUGCCUGUCCCGGAAAUUCAGCACAGAAGGCAUCAUGAAGAUUGUCGGCGGCUGCGCCGGCUUUGCCAUCGAGUCUCCCGUUACUUUCAGAAGCGACGUCUUCGUAGACGCGGCGAGCACUCAGCACAGAUCGAUGUACUCGUUUUACCUGCUAAGCGGCGUAGUGGACGUCAUGUACAACGCCGGGUUCCCGUUGCCGCAGCGCACAGACUACGUGGCACUGCUACUCGCCGUCACCUGCGCGGGCUUGCAGUUUCACUUCCACGUGCAUGGAAGGCCGCACCUCGACGUGAUGGUUCACACGCUCUUGGUGUACAUCAUUGCUGCGGGGGUGGCCUGCAUCGUAGCCGAGAUGUGUCGGCCCCGAAGCGUGCUGGCGUCUCUGGGUCGAGCCUACUUUUGCCUGCUGUAUGCGACGUGGCUAUGGCAGAUCGGCUUCAUGCUCUACAAUCCGCUGCCCGGAUACAAACCCUGGGAUGUUAAUAGCCAUAUGGACUAUAUGUUGGCCGCCGGCGCAUUCGCGUGGCACAUGAUGGCUAUGUUGGUCUACGUUGGCGUGUUGGGCGCUGUGGCCUGGGCGGUGAACCGAACGUGCGGCAUGUUCUGCCAUGACGUCGUCUCCGUGGAUGUGGAGGAGGCCGAUGAGCUCAGCGAAGCACUCUUAAAGCGUCCCAUAUGA